CUCUUCAAAGUCCUCUGAAGACUGCAUGGCCAGAUGAAAUUGUCAUUCCACUUUUCUCUGUGGCAACAGAGACUGUACUGAAAAAUGCCAAUGAAGUCUUUGUUCAAAAUGGCACUGUGCUGAACAAUACUUCAGUUAAGUCAGAUAUAAUGGAAAAAUUAGCUGAUUAUAUGUACAGCUACACAGCCUACCCUACUGGCCUUCAGAUUGGAGAAGUGGCAGAGGCUCUGGUCAAAAAGCACCCAUGUCUGACAGAGCCAGGCAGUCGUAAUGGCUGGAUGGGAUGGAUGUAUAGUCUUAAAUACAAGAUGGGAAAUUACAGGUCAAAGUUACGAAGUCUUGGAGUUCCAGAGGUUACUUGCAACUCACUGAAGAACAAGCACCCUGAUGACGAGGCUCCAGCGAAGAACAUAAAGGCGCGGAAAGGAGAAGUGCUGUUUCUGCCACACUAUCCAGGACAAGAUGGUAAAGAACAGCAAGAGCUGGAGCGACAACAACUGAUUGAUGAGUGUAAGAAGAAAAACAGCACAGCCAUCAAGGAUUUAAUGUGCAAAACCUUUGCACAUAGAAGACAUGAUAUUAUCAGCCAACAGCUGAGUGUCAGCGACAUCAAGGACAGAUGGCCGGCGUUGUUUGACGUCUCCCAAGUCAGUGCAGAGUUUCAUAGAAUCACGACCCUGAACCUUGAACCAAAGUUCAUGUCAUCGUUGGACUUGUAUUCAUCCAAACUCCUGUCCUUGUUUCAAGCCAAGAAAGGUGCUGCUGGACAACGCCACAGGGCACAGUUAAACCUUCUGCUUCAGAGUGGAAAUUCCAUCGAGAAAAAACGAGAAGUCAUCAUCAGAUGUCUCAUUGACCAUCUGGGAGAGGAUCCAAGUGCCUUAAUCAAAACCUUUGAGGUUGGUGCAAUAAAUCUGUUUUAGGAAUAUUAGUAGUUUAUUUUAGCUUGUGAGAUCAUAGAAAAGUUUUAAGAUACUGUUCUAAAGAAAAAAAAAAAACACUUCAAAGCAUACAAAAGAAUAGCAUUUGCUCAAAGAUUUUGGAGCACAGUGUCCACAUAUUAUGAGUACCGGUGAUGUCAUACAAAUGAAACUUUUUGUUUCAAUGUUUGGAAAU